AUGGCGACCCCCCCCUCAGCCCCUCUAGUUAUCGGCCGGCAGACCUUUACCUCGCAGUGGGCCGACCCAUUGAACACCGGGUCCCUCCUCCAACAGGACGAGGUUAUCAACCUUGCCCGCUUCCCGAGCGGCAGCGCCCUCCUAGACCCCCAGGCUGCCGAACAGAGCAGAGACCAUCUCCAAACCACCAUCCUCCUCAACCAUGACACUCUGGUCUUCAGCUUUUCGAGCGCUGACGAGUUCUGUCUCUUCGAAUCGGCUGUAAGGGGCGCCUUCGCUGAUAGCCCGAUCCCUUGCCCGCGUCUCUCUAUCCACCUCGCCUUCACGGAUAGCUACGACCAGCUUGAGGUUAUCUUCGUCCCCUAUGAUGAGGACGGCCGAGGCCAGGACGAGGUUGUGGGUGCCGACGAGGUCUUGGACAGAUAUAUCCCGGCAGUGAUCGGCUCGAGCCUCACGUUCUCACGCAUCUACUUGUCCUUCUCUGCGGACUGGUGCUACUUCUACGGCAUGGACCAGCACACGCAGCCUCUCCUCGACUCCGGCGCCCAGCUCCGCGUCUCCUUCGCCCAGCUCCGCGUCUCCUUCGGCACGCCUGAGAGCGCUACCGCCGAGCACGACAUUCUUCGGGCUGUGACCGACUUUGGCGGCUUCGCCGACACUCUUGCUCCAUACGAGGGACCGGACGAACAGGAGGUCACAGAGAUCCCGCCCGCACUCUUCUGGAGGGCUAAGCCAACCCCAAUCGCCGAAUAUCGGUUCAUAACCCUGUGGCUGAUCCUACGGUCCCAGGGGCCAAAACACAAGGACCACCCUAAUUGCCGCAAGGGGAACAGCUUGACAGCAUUGCACCUCGCCGUAUCCUGUGGUCAUCUUGAAAUUGUGGAGUUACUCCUUGACUACGGAGCUUCAAUCGAUGACCCAUACCUGGGUCUCUGCAACUGCGUCGCCGGGAGGCCUGGGAAUAGGCCAAUGGGAUUAGAAGACCGCGGCAUAUCCGGCGAUCGGUGGACGCCCUUGCACCUCGCCUUCUGCGGCGAGUUCCAGGAGAUCGCCGCGCUGCGUCUGUCACGGGUGGCACAGAGAAUGCCAUAUCCCUCGCAAGAAACUUCUAUUUCUUCGCGAGAGUGCGAGCGCGCGCUCAAGAGUCACACCAAGAUGGGACGGUGGGAACGGGACGGGAACAUCUGCACGUGGCGGAGGGAUGUUAGCGCGGACCGAGACAGAACAAAUACUCGCGUUUGUCUGUCGGUCUCGUUCGCCGUCCGCGAGAUGGAGACACUACCAUGCCGCCAGUUCGGUCAAGCGGGUGCGAUGGCCGUUCCUGCUUCAGUGUUGCCUGUCGGCGACUACAACCCGCCGCCAGACCGCUUCCUGCCAUGCAUGGCCCGCCAUUAA